AUGAUAGCCACCCUGACCAGCGCGGAGCUUCUGCAAGCUCAGGCACAGCUUUGGUGCCACACCUUCGGCUACCUCAAAUCCAUGGCGCUGCAAAGCGCGAUCAAGCUUGGGAUCCCCACCGCCAUCCACCGCUGUGGCGGCGCCGCCUCCCUGUCCGAGCUGCACGUGGCUCUUCCGGUUCCCGCAAGCAAACGGCCAUGCCUGUCUCGCCUCAUGAAGCUGUUGAUCGCCAUGGGAGUAUUCGGAGAGGGCGAGCCAGGCGUGUACUCUCUCACCCCGGUAUCUCGCCUCCUUGUGGAAGAUGUCGACGACAGCCAGACAUGCCUGUCGCAGUUCACAGCCAUGGCCACUUCACCAUUCCACUUCGCGGCGUCUCAACGCCUGCCCGAGUGGCUGAAGAAUGAGGACGAUGCCGCUGCGGAGACACCGUUCAUGAUGGCGCAUGGAGCAGGGUUUUUCGGCUGCACGAGCCGUGACUUGGAGUUCAGUGAGCUGUUCAACGAGGCGAUGGGCGCGGAAAUCGUCGUGCGUGAGUGCGCUGAGGUGUUCGCCGGGGUGACAUCUCUGGUCGAUGUCGGAGGCGGGGACGGGACCACGGUGAAAGCUAUUGCAAAGGCCUUCCCACACGUGAGGUGCUCGGUGUUGGAGCUUCCGCAGGUGGUUGACGGCGUGCCGGUUGAUGGCACGGUUGAGUUUGUUGCAGGUGACAUGAUGGAGUUCAUCCCUCCAGCUGAUGUUGUGUUACUCAAGGUACGAGUGUGGCCAUGGAAUAGUACCUACUAA